AUGGAGACUACGAAGAAACGCAAACAUUCUGAUGAAGAAAAACCACCAGAGAAGAGACAAAAGAAGACCGUGGAAGCUCCUCUGGAGUCUAAGUUUACAGAACCGGUGCAAGCUUUUACGACCCUUCAUGUUACAAAGAGGAAGUCCAAGGUUAUUACAACAAAACCAGGUGACAAGACUGAGACUCAAGACCACAGUUUGAAAGACUUGAUAGCAAAGGCGCGAGAGAAAGUGCAAGAAAAGAGACAGAUCGAUCAUAGGAACAUUGACAUUGCAAGCCAGUGGCUAGCCGCUCGAUUUGCCAUACAUCAGAUGGUAAAAACCGUUUAUUUCGAUGAUCAUCUUAAAUAUCACACUGAGUUAGAAAAUCUUGGGAGUGAUUUCAUCCGCAAUCAAGUCAGUUGCUUGUACAAGUUCAGUCUGUUGUCAAGAAGUGACUACUACAUUGAUGAAUCUAACUCAGAGUAA